AAUUUAACCAAUCAUCAAUAUUUCAAUCUGCAUUUUUUAUUCGUUUCAUACAAGAUCUUUUACAGGUUAAUAUAAUAGCUCGUAAUUGUCACAGUUUUUUUAAACAAUUAACAGGCAGCUUUUGGAUUUCAUGAUUUAUAUUUAAUAAUAAAUGGGUAGCAAUACAAUAGAUAUCGACAUGUUCAGCGGAAAGAAAUGAACGCUGAUUAAACUUCUGGGAACAAAGAUUUUCCUUUUUUCUUCCUUCGUGUCGAUUAAUUUAAGAUGACAUUUCGAAUGAUUCACCAAUUAAUUACAUCUGUGUUUCAGUCUUUAUUCAUUCAUUUUGAUUUUCAAUAUUAAAUCCAUGGUAACUUGGUAUGUUGACAUUUUGUUGGAAUAACGGUUUUUUACUUGAUCGAUUUUCAAUGUUUGGGUCUUAUUCAGUCGUUUUUUGUUCAAUUCUAGUGAUUAUUUGACGAUAAAGACUGUUAUUAUGUAAAUGUUUGACUCGUUAAAUUUGAUUUUUAUGCAAUAAUUGGUAAAAGUGUUGAUCGAAAUAAGGAGUUCUUUCGAGUGAACCAAAAUAAAUAAAUUGAAGGGUCGAAAUAAGUAUAUAAGGAAAAAUGGAUGCAAUUAUCAGCAGCAGAGUGUUGUCUUCUCGCCUUGGUAAUAGACCAAUGAGUUCAGCUAGACCCAUAACCACCGCUAGACCCAUCACUUCAACGGGACUGAUGGCACCCAAAACGGGUCGAGGUAGAUCAGCAGCAACCAUACGUCGGAUGGUACAGGAUAAAACAUACUGGAUGGGAAUACUAAGAGCCAAGAUGAAUGAAUUAACAAUGGAGAUUGCUGUCCUCUCCAAGGAAUGUGAUUCAAUGUCUACCGAAGAAGCUCGAUUGAAUAUGUGGCAACGAAAGGCUGAAACAUUGGCUCGAGAAUUGAAAACGGCAACUCUUGAGUUGUCCGUUUAUAAUGAUUAUUGGGAUCGACUUAGGAUUGGUGAAACAUCAUCUGAUGUAUUGGAAGACAUAAAUGGUAUUAAGAGUGAAAAUCAAGAGUUAUCCGAACAAUUGGAGUCCAAAUACAAAGAGAAAAAGGCUAAAGAAGAUGAAAUGCUUUCAGAUGAACAGGAGAUACAGAAAAUUGAAAGUGAAUGGAGUGUAUUGAAAAAACAAUUUACAAGUGAACAAAAGGAAAGAUUUGAAGAGCUUGAAAACAUAAACCGCUCUCUGACUCUGGAAGCAGAUAGACUAGAAGAUAGAAUCAUCAAACUAACUGAACGAAAGCGUACUUUAGAGGAACUGAAUGGCAGUGAAAACUCAUCGAUAAGGAAAGAGGUUCUCAAUGGAUUGAAUCGAUUACGAGAGUUGGAGCGUCAAAAGAAUGAUCUAAUCACUGACCAAAGUACUGGUGAUGAAAGAAGUCGAUUACUGGCUCAGGUUAGACGUGAUAAUAAAGAGAUUUCAAUUCUUGAAAGUCGCUCUGAAGAAAUUCGUCGAAUCAUUGAAGAUCAACAGGCAUCUCUACGAGCUUAUGAAGACAAGGAAACGGCGGAAAAAUUUCGUGAUCUUAAAAAAAAGGAAUCGACCAUUGAUGCAUUUUUGGUCGAUUUUUCUGACAACUUGAACAAAGAACUGGAAAAGAUGACGGUACUUGGGGAAUCAAUCGCUGAUCUUGUGGAAAAGUCAAGUCAAUAUAUAAGAUUCAUUGAAACCUUAAAGGGUGGACAUGAUGGUGCACCAAGUAGCAGUGGUAGUGAUUCAAGGUUGACUUUAAUCGAUGAAAAGCGAAAAUUGAAGUUAGAUUUGAAUAAGAUUGAUCAAUUGGAGUCUAAAAUUAAUUCAGAGCUGGAAUCUUUGCGAACCAAGAUUGACACGUUGAUUAAAGAUAUAGAUUUGUAUGGCAACUUGGAGGGCCUUCGAGAUGGUAUUGCUAAGAAAGAGAAGUCAUUGGAAAUUGAGAAACAAGAACUCGAGGAGAGCAUAAAACAUUUGAGACAAGAUAAAAUUGAACUGGAAAAGUUGGUCGAUAAAGCGAAAAUAAACUUGGACGAGAAUGAUAUCUACAAAAAAGUCAAAGAUUUUGAACGAAGACUGAGUGAUUUGGUUUGUGGUAAUGAAGAAUAUCUUGAUAAAUUGCGAGAAAUUGAUAAUAGCAGGUUGAUGAAACAGGUUUUUGAAAUGAUAAGUCGUUAUAAUCAACAUUUACUUGGAUUUUAAUUAGUUAAUAUCUGGAUUUUGUUAUAAAUAAAUGUUUUUCUUCAAAUGAAA